AGCUUCUCUCGCUCCCAUGGCAACGGCACCCGGUUUGUGUUUUCCUCAGUGGAAACGGCAGCGCUGAAGCCUGAGUUGCCGAGCCUUUCGGAGCCAUGGCUUCCCCGGCCCUGCCGGAAGUUUCCCCGAUCCUCACUGUUCCCUCUUUCGGCGAAAAACCAAGACAUCUCUCCUCUUCCUCCAGGCUGGACAGCAAACUCAGCAACGGCCUCGAGCAGGGAAAUCACUUCAUAUAUGUGGACGUUAAUCACGUGACCAAAUUGCUUGAAGAAACUGACUCAAAUAUAGAUGAACAAAUCCAAGCAUGUCAGAAGGUUGCGAAACACUAUGAAUAUGGAGUUCCUCUGAAUGAUUUAGCACAGAUCUCUAAAAUUUUAAACUUAUGUGUGGAGAAAAUUCAAGUGGACAAUGUUUUUAUAGAAAUUACAUGUGAAAUUCUUAAAUUGUAUGGGUUACCAUUUUACAAAAAGAAGUUAUCUGAUGAAGGAAAGUAUGCUAAAGAAGUUCAAGAAUCAAUUGCACAAUUUGGUAAUAUUAGAUGUUAUAAAGAGCUUCUCAUACACUUCAUUGUUAUGGAGUACUCUUAUGUUAAAAUCUGUUUAUAUUUGAAUCAAAAGAAUGUAUGUAACCUAAUUCUUGGAAUAUUAGUUGAAUUUUGUGAUAAUCCUAAAACUGUAUCCCAUAUCAAUGUAUGGCGAGGGAGAAAAGACCAAACAGCAGCUAAUUUAUUAAUAAACCUAUGGAGACAAGAAGAAGAAGAGAUGGGAGUGAAACAUGAUAAAGCUGGAAGAAUUGUCGAUACAAAGAAACCACUAGUUGGCCAGUUCCAAAAGACACAAGAAGUAAUUCCAAUGCCUGCUAGCUGUCCCACAAUUGCUGUCAUGGAUGUUGCUGAAAAUAUGAGAGCAAAGAUUUAUUGUUUAAUAUGUAAAUUAGGUUUUGAAAACUUGCCUGGGCUCUGUGCAAGGGAUUUUGUUACACUUGCUAUUAUACGCAGAUACCUAGACUUUAAGGUUGGUGAGAUCUGGGAUGAAGUAUGUGCAGAACUUAAAAAAGAAAAAUUUAGACCAGUGACACCUGACCAGGAAGCAUUACAGCUUAUUACUGAAGCCCUUGAAAAUGUUGGAAAGAUAGUAGUCUCUCUCCAAACUGAAAUGCUAGAAAGCCAGCAGUUUCAGGAACUUCAGGAGGAGGAAAAAUGUUAUGGGAAGAUUCAUUCUCUCCAUAAACAAAAGGAAAUAGUCAAUAAAUCUUGGGAAAAUUUCUUAGCUCGGACAUCAAACUAUGAAGCUUUGAAGAAAGCAAAAAGACUUCGAGAAAAAUCUAUAGAAAACUCAAAACCAAAAAUAAAACACUACAGUGCAACUUUCCAUCCAACUGACAUUAAAGGACUAAAUACAACUGUUGCAUCUGGUCGCUUGGUAACAGUGGAAAGUACACCUUCUGAAUUAAUUGGAGGGCCGCUAGCUGAUACAGAUCUUGCACUGAAAAAGCUUCCAAUUCGUGGCGGAGCCUUAAAAAAAUUUGAAGGAGUUAAAGUAAUAGAUUCGUUCAAGAAAAGUUCAGUAACUGUGAAAUAAAUGUUGUUCAAUACUGAUAUUGACCGUUCUGCAUAAUUCUGUACUUAGAGUUUGUUUAUAUAUAGGUGCAUCUUAAUGGCCUAUUUGGAUCAUAUGGGACAUUAGUAAAAUGUUAUCUUUAAAUAACAUAUACUUGUAUCUAUGGGUGCAUAUAUACAUAUUCAUGUAUAAAUAAUGUGGACAUUAAUAUUUCAACCAAUAAAUC